AUGGACGCCGAAACUUUGAAGGAAGAAAUUAAAAAAGAAGUUAAGAAGCAGGUGAAAGCCGAACUAAUUCAUCUAAAUAAUGCAAUUAAAGAGCUAAAGGAUAAAUGUACUACAUUAGAGAAUUCACAAGACUUUAUCAGUAAACAAUUUGAAGAAAUUACUGAAGCUUGGUCAGAGACGAAAAAGCAAUCAGCUCAAAAGAUCAAACCAAUGGAAGUUAACAUUCAAAACCUUAAAGACAAAGUUGAUAAAGCCAAUACUGAUCUAUAUAACCUACAUUCUGAGCUCGAUGAUGUUCAACAAUACUUACGCAGGGAUUGUAUUGAAAUCGUUGGAAUACCGAAACUCGAGGACGACGACCCCGUAGAGCUUGUCAAAGAGUUGUGUUCUUCGAUCGACGUAGAGCUCGACGAGGACGACAUCUCAACAGUCCAUCGAUUGCCGGAUACUCGUUCAGUUAAGGAUCGUAUGAUUGCCAAGUUUGUUCGCCGUAGUAAGAAAGAGGAGGUUUAUAAUAAUCGACAGAAGUUGCAUGGCAAGACCGCGAAAUCAUUGCCAUCAGUGAAAGCUGACAAUAACAACAACAACUCGAAGUCGCGUAUCUUCAUAAACGAAUCCCUCACUAUCAACAGGAAGAAAUUAUUUAGCAAGGUAUAUGAUUUCAAGAAGAAGAAUCGUUACAAGCACUUAUGGACAAUGAAUGGCAAAAUUUAUUUAAAGAAGGAUGACUCGGGGCCAACCUACUUGUUCACAACAUUGGAGGCCUUCGAAGAUUUUGAAUAUGGUAAUUAUAAGUAAACUAUUAUAAAAUAGGUCCGCCGAAUAAUGUAGAUAAUUUAAGUGACUUGUACGAUUUGAUUUCAAAUCCUGAUAGGUUUGAUGACUGCGAUUCUGAUAAUAUGCUACAA